AUGGAGCGACAACACGAAGUAGACAUAAACAAAGUGAACAGCGAAACAGAGGAGGAAAAAGAUGCCCCAUCAAAUGGGGAGAAUAACGUUGAAGAUGGAGUUCCAGGGACAGGAGGCUACAUUAUACGUGAGAGAGACCUUGAAGAGGGUAUCACAAGUACACCUUGCAAAGGGAAUAAAGAGAGUGCGGAAAUCAAAUCCACCAGGAAGGAAACGAAAGGGGGAGGAGAAAACCAUAGACUCCAUAGUAGCAGUGCCAGUUGUGGCAGUGAUGCACAUGAACAGGUGCAGGUAAAAUGCAACCAAGGGGAUACACAGCUGGACGAAGCAGAGAUUCAUAUUGGACAAAAAAAGGAGAAGGAAUUACAAUGUGGAGGAGAAGAAUGCCACAAACAAGAAAAAGAAAAUAGGGACAUUUCGGAAGGCCAGCUAAAUGGCGCGGGACAAUGUGCAGAGGGCGCACUCCUCGAAAUGGAGACCAUGCAUAGCUUAAGGGAUAGCGAGAAAAAAGGGGAAGAGAGGAAAAAGAAAAAUAAGAAAAAAAAAGAGGGCUCCACGAAGAGGGAGUCCAAAAGGAGCAAAAGGGGGAAAGCUAAAGAGAAAGGGAAAGAGGCCGAGGAGGAGAAGGACAAAGAGGCCGAGGAGGAGAAGGACAAAGCGGCCGAGGAGGAGAAGGACAAAGCGGCCGAGGAGGAGAAGGACAAAACGAUCGAGGCGGAGACGGACAAAACGACCGAGGCGGAUAACGAAUCCGAGCAGGCGAAAGAAAAAUCCACUGAAAAAAACGAAGAACUACUUGUCGCAGCAACGGGCGAGAGGGUACCAUCAGAGGGAGAAGUUCAAGAAAGCGUGGAAUACGCAACUGACUCAAUCGCAAGGAUUAUUAGCAAGGAGGAGAGCGACUCGAACAGGGGGGAAACGCCGAGAGGAGGCUCCUUACACAAAAUGUGCCCUUCGAACGGUGUGAAGCAUCUAGAAACCUACGAAAGCAAAGUAUGUGUGGCGAAUUCCUUUCACGACAUAUCGAGUCCUACAUCUGAGAACGAGGAGAUCCAAGAGGGAAACUACAAGGGCGAAACUGGCAGCUACGGGGAAAAUAGGAAAAGCUUUGACUUACUGUCCUACAUCGAAAAUGGAAUUAAAAAUUAUGUACAUAUGCUAAAGGAAGAAAACGUGGAGAUAUACGAAAGAAAAUGCGUUAAGGAGAUGAUAUCCUUUCACAAAUUAAAAUUAAAAUAUUUAAAAAAAAAAAAAAAAUUAAGCAAAAUAUACACGUGGAGAACUCCGCAUCAGAUUGCAGACGAAGGCAGUGUCAGUAGUGAUACUACACAUAACAAAGGUACGAAUAAAAAAAGCGAAAAUGAAAAUGCCGACAUGGGAAAGAAAUCGAGUAAAAGUAAGAACCGCUGUUCUAAGCAGAAACGCUGGGGUAGAGAAAAUGACCAACUUGGCACCACCCCAUCGGUGCACGUGAAGAGGAAGGAGACGAAGAAGAUGAAGAGGCGAGGUGCGAAUAAAAGUUCCGACGAAUCGAGCCCCGGCAAAAUGGACACGAGUUCUUCGAAGGACAUGGGAGUGGAAAGUCAGUUGGAGGAAUUGGGCUGCGCGGAGAGUUCGAGGCGAGAGUGGGUUCCCCCAAGCAACGGGGCGGAGGUGAAAAGGGAGUGCCAAAACGCCACGCUGCAGAGUAAAAGCCUCUCCACGCUGCAGAGUAAAAGCCUCUCCACGCUGCAGAGUAAAAGCCUCUCCACGCUGCAGAGUAAAAGCCUCUCCACGCUGCAGAAUAAAUGCCUCGCCACGCUGCAGAAUAAAUGCCUCGCCAGCCCGAAUGAAGACCUCGAGAGGGGAGAAAUCCCAAGCAGCAAAAACGUUUUCGAAGCGUUGUUCCACUUUUACGCAAAGGAUAAAGGAAACACUAAACGGAAUAUAGAACCGGAAGGAAAAACGAGCGAGGUGAAUUGUUACACGAAAGGUAUGGACCUUGAGCUAUUUUUAAAUUUCGCCAAACAUUAUAAAAUUAUAAAAAGUUUAUUAACAAAAAGUGAGUUGGAAAAAAUAUUUUUAAAUGAAAGCAAAGGAAAUGAAUACAUCCAAGGAAGACAGUUCCAGAAGGUACUAAUGGUAUGUGCACAAAUAGCAUUUACCAAACCACCACAUAGGGUCAAUUUCACAGACACCAAAAAAAUAUUCCAGUGUUUGGUUACAUGGCUUUGUAACAACGCACCUGAGCAACAAAAAAAAAUUAUUUUAAAAAGUUGCCAGCUAGCCGAUGCUUCCAUGUUGACGGAAAAUGGAAAAACAGCCGAAUCGAAAAAGGCUGACGUGAAAAGCUCAUCGUUGCGAAAUAAACAAUACUCCAUUUCUGUGAAGGAUAAAAGUAAGAAGACACCCAUAAAUAACAUUGUACUAACCAAUUCGCAAAAAUUUGAAACGCCAUCGAAGAAGUUGGAGAAGGCGAAAAUUUUCCGCUACAACACGAGUAUCAAUUUGCGCAAGUAG